AUGUCUCAGGAAUCACUUAGGAUGUUUCUGCAACACGUGGUGAAACAACUUGUUGUUUACAGGUGUAGCGGUGGGCUUCCAAGAACAAAUUACAGUUGUAGAAAAUUAGUGCUUCCAAUACUAAACGUGAUGAGUGAGAGGACGCGGAUUACCUAUUCACGUAGAGCUGUCUCUAAGAACAGUGAGAUCAAGAAAGAUGAACAAACAGUCAUAGAAAAGGAAGAUGACACUGAAAGCACAUUGGAGAUAGAGCGAAUCAGAGGUGACCCUAGUAUGCUCCAAUCCAUGACAGUGAAAGAACUCAAGGAACUCACAAGGACGAUGGGAGUUGCUGCGAGAGGUAACAAGAAAGAUUUGGUAUCAGCUCUGAUGGAAUCUCUGGGUGAGGAAGUAAUUGGUAAAGAGGGAGCAUCAACCAUUGAGCAGAUUGGCCCAUCAGAAGUACCUUCAAAAAGAAAAGGUGCCGCUUCAGUAGUGGUUGAACAAAAGCUAGAAACUUCUGAAGUUAUUUCCGCAACUCCUAGCAAGAGAAGUAGAACCAAGCAGAAAUCAAUUAAGGGCACCACUCCGGAGGAGAACCCUGUGACUACUGUCAAGAUAAAUAAAACAUCACACAAGAAGGAAACAGUUGUUGCCAAUGGUGCUAUUGCAAAGGCGGGGUUGGGUCUUAAUGUGGAUGGUGCAGAGCCUUGGACUGUACUUGUACACAAGAAGCCACAGGCUGAGUGGAUUCCGUACAAUCCUAAGGUCAUGAGGCCUCCACCCCUUAGCAAGGAUACAAGGGCACUAAAGAUUCUAUCAUGGAAUGUCAAUGGACUGAAAGCUCUAGUAAAAAAUAGGGGCUUCUCCGUUCAUGAGUUAGCACAGAGGGAGGAUUUUGAUGUGCUAUGCCUGCAAGAAACGAAAAUUCAGGAGAAAGAUGUUGACGUCAUCAAGGAAAGUCUACUUGAAGGGUAUACCAAUAGUUUCUGGACAUGUAGUGUGUCAAAGCUUGGAUAUUCAGGGACUGCCAUAAUUUCACGGGUGAAACCACUUUCUAUCAAGUAUGGGCUUGGUGUACCAGACCAUGAUACAGAAGGGAGGAUUGUGACAGUGGAAUUUGAUGAUUUUUACUUGCUAACCGCUUAUGUGCCAAAUUCCGGUGAUGGUCUCAAAAGAUUGACUUACAGAGUCACAGAGUGGGAUCCAUGCCUUGGUAACUACAUGAAAGAAUUGGAAAAAUCGAAACCUGUCAUACUAACUGGUGAUCUUAACUGUGCGCAUCAGGAGAUUGAUAUACAUGAUCCUGCUGGAAAUAGUAGAAGUGCCGGCUUCACAAAAGAAGAAAGGAAAUCGUUUGAGACUAAUUUUCUGUCCAAAGGGUUCGUGGAUACGUUUCGGAAACAGCACCCUGAUGUUGUUGGAUAUAGCUACUGGGGUUAUAGGCAUAAUUGCCGGAAGACUAAUAGAGGUUGGCGCCUGGAUUACUUUCUCGUGUCGGAGUCCAUCGCGGAAAGAGUCCACGAUUCAUACAUCCUUCCCGACGUUUCUGCCAGUGACCACAGCCCGCUCGGCCUCAUACUGAAGCUCUAA